AUGAGUCUGCGCGAGCGUGUUCCGCCGCAGUACCAGAAUGGCGAGGCUGCCAGGCGCGCCCCGGAUGACGACUCAGACGUCGAGGAGGAGGCCAUGGCGAACGACUACCGGGAGCAGGUCCAAUACGACGGCAUGGAGGACCUCGACCGCAUGCCCUCGAUCAACAGCAACCAGGACAUCCACGCGCAACUGCAGGCCGCGGCAACCCCCCUCGAAUUCCAGGCCACCCUAGAGACCAAGUUUGCGAGUUACGACAGCUACUGCAACCUCUUCCACUACAUCCUGAACUCCGAGGGUCCCGUCGACCUGGAAGUGCCAAACUACUACUGGGCCUGGGAUGUCAUCGACGAGUUCAUCUACCAGUUCAACAGCUUCUGCAGCUACCGCCAACGGGUCGCCCAGAAGAACGAGAACGAGGAGGAGAUUGCGCUCCUGCGCGAGAACCCAAACACAUGGGGCUGCUACAGUGUCCUCAACGUCCUGUACUCGCUCAUCCAGCGGUCACAGAUUAGCGAGCAGCUCGCGGCCAUGAAGCGGGGCGAAGACGCGAGUCUGUACGCUGGCGAGUACGGCAACAGGCCGCUUUACAAGAUGUUGGGAUACUUCUCCAUCAUCGGUCUGCUCCGCGUGCACUGCCUGCUCGGAGACUUCAGCCUGGCGCUCAAGACGCUCGACGACAUUGAGCUUAACAAGAAGGCCAUGUUCGCCCGUGUCAUGGCCGCACACUUCACCACAUACUACUACGUCGGAUUCUCGUACAUGAUGAUGCGACGAUACUCGGAUGCCAUCCGCAUGUUCAGCCACAUCCUCGUCUACGUCUCACGGACAAAGAACUUCCAGAAGAACGCACAGUACGACUCCAUCACCAAGAAGAACGACCAGAUGUACGCACUUGUCGCCAUUUGCGUAGCGUUCCAGCCCACCAGGCUCGAUGACACCAUUCACACUGCUCUGAGGGAGAAGUACGGCGAGCAGUUUAACAGGCUUCAGCGCGGUGGCCCUGAAUCUCUCCCUCUCUUCGAGGAGCUGUUCCGCACCGCCUGCCCCAAGUUCAUCAGCCCCACACCCCCCGACUUCGACAACCCAGAGGUCAACAUCGACCCCGUGGAGCACCACCUCCGCAUCUUCAUGGACGAGGUCAAGAACAACAUGAUGUCGCCCACCGUCAAGAGUUACCUCAAGCUCUACACAACCAUGGAUCUUAAGAAGCUCGCUGGAUUCUUGGAGGUUGAGCCAGAGAAGCUGAGGUGCUGGUUGCUUGUCAACAAGCAGAGGAGCAGGCAAAUAAGGUGGGCCGAGGGCGGUCUGCUGGAUGGUGAUAUCAUCCAAGCUAGCGAUCUCGACUACGCCAUGGAGGGCGACCUUAUUCACGUUUCAGAGGCAAAGGUCGGCAGGAGGCUUGUCGACUGGUACCUCCGCAACUUGGCCAGGACGUACUAG